AUGGCUCGCCGUGACGCUGCACCGUCGUUGCAGGAAGGAGCCUCAGCGCAGGCAAGCCUGGCUGCAGUGGACGAUGCGGAAGAGGGAGAUCUCGGACAGAGCCGCAGCUCGACACCAAGUCGCCACUCUGCCAGCUUGCAGAACGCUUCUGCACACAUGGUCAGAGCUCUUCCGCCUUCAGCCGGUGCCGGUCCGCCUGCUUCGCAAAGCUUGUCGUCAUCGGAAAGAGCAGCGUCUGCUUCCCAGUGGAUGUACAACCAACGCGUGCCUCAGCAUCUCCCGUCCAGCUCCUCGAGCUCUAAUCUUUUCAGCCCGGGCUCUCACACACCAACGUCGACCGGCUCCACGGCGGUCGCAUCUCGAGGUGCUGAGCGGAGGACCUCUGCUGGCGGAGGAGACCUCGCUUCGCUCGCCGCUGGCGAUACUUUGCCGCAGAUGGGCAUGAUGGGAGGCAGCGAGACCUACUCUGAGGCCGCAUCCCCGCCAGCGCCUGAGUAUGGUGUUGCAGUGAGCACGAAAACAUCGCUCCUCGUCCCUCAAGACGGCCUCACGACUGGAGCUAAAGUGAGACGACAUAACCAAACGAGCGAGCAAAGUACAUCAACAUCUCGACGAAGGCAGACGGACCCAGAGUCCCCUAGUGGCCCAGUAGGCGGGCCCUCGGAGCUGCGAAGGGAGGCUCUGCAGCGAUGGGUCUUGAGCGUCGGCUGCGUCAAUUUCGACUUGGACAGGGGGCCCGACCUGGAGUUCUUGUACCCGCCUCUUGGCAUUUCCCGAGAGGAGAGGGACAACAUGUGAGUGUAAUGCGCUAGGCGGGGACGAACGUGCGUUGGACGUCGAAGAUAGCGGCGAUGAGUAGGAGCGGACACCCAGGAGUCCGGAUGGUGAGGAGUGGAGGGUGGACGAGUUUAGAGAUUGACGGGGCCUUUGAGGUCACAUUCCCACUAGCAGCUGACCUUGUAGGCCACCUACUGUUAGUGCUUUCUCAUCCUUCCCAGACACGUCCAUCUUCGAUGAUGGCUAUUGCGUCUUCUCUUGGCGGGUCAGGGAAGUUCCUCUGAGCUCGUCCGGCUCUGAGCCUCCCGCAAUUGCGUCAUCUGCUGCCGGGAAGAGCUCGACCCUUCCGAGCCGCCAAAACUCCUCGAGACGGGUCAGUUAUACCAAUGCCUCUUCUUCUGGUGGAAGCACCAUGAAUCGCUCUGGCUCCAAAGGCCAGCGCUCGCUGCUUGGAGCGCAUUUAUUUGGGCAUCACGCCAAUGCAAGCUCCUCCUCAACCUCGGUCGCCUUAACCGAUCCCAUGGCGUCUGUAUCUUCUGCCUCAAGAGACGGUUCCAAGACUGACAUUUUACGAUCGCUAGCGAGGGGCGUUUCAAGCGCAAAGAAAGAUGCCGCAGAUCAUUCCGCAGGGGCAAGCACGUCUUCAAGCCGGAGUGCGUCGCCAAUGCCUUCCCCUUCACGCUCCUCCGUAUUUGCUUUCGGUAGCAGUAAGCAGGCAGACCAGUGCCUAGAGGCUGCAGGUGGCGAGAGCAUCUCUUCGCAGGAGGCAUCUGCGUCUCGUGUCGCAGCAACUGACUCAUCUAGUGCAACAGGAUACCAGCUGCUGUGCACCGACGUCGAUGCGCAGCAAGAUGGAACAGUUGCACGUCUUUCAGCUGAAGAAGAGCGACGCUUAGAGCGUGAAGCGUCAGCCACGUUACACGACCACAAUAGCUCUGCGACAGCUCCUCAACAAAUCAAUGCACCUGCAAGGAAGAGUAGCAGCCAGAGUGUGAGCUACAUUUACGGCUAUGUCUUCUUUCGACAGAGGAGGGAUGCCGCAAUCCGGAGAGGGUAUUUUCAAAAGUCUCUCGUCAUCCUGUCGCACUUGCCAUACGUAUCGCUAUUCAGCCGCUUGGUGGCCAAGCUAGGACCGUUGUAUUUUGAACACGGCAUGCCUAUGCUGGAGUCAUUCUGUCAUGAAGUCGCGAACUGGCCAUCUCCGGAAGCGGGCUCUACACUCUCGUUACCUGUCUUGGGCACAGUUCUCUCAGCGGCAUUGCCUCUCGGAUAUCAGACCCAGACCUCGAAUGCCGCUCAGGCCUGUCUACCGCCAGCCACCAGCGCCGCCGGAAAGGCCAACUCUGUUCUUAUUCGCAAGAAACGGAGGAGUCGAGGCGGAACAGCGGAUGGGGAGGACGAGAAUGAUCCUCUACUCGCUUCCAUUCCCAGCAAUCCCUUGUUCGCUGUAUUGCGGGAUACGAUUUCAGACCUUUGGCUGGUCUGGGAGUGCAUGCUUCUCGCAGAACCGCUACUCGUGGUGGGCCCUGACCCCAAGCAAUGCAGCGAGGCAGUGUGGCAUCUGCUAGACAUGAUCAGACCCGUGCCAUUCGGUGGAGAUUGGAGACCAUUCUUCACCAUUCAUGAUUAUGACUUCAAGACUCUCAUCACAAGGAACAAACCUCUGGCAGGUACGAUUUUGGGGGUCACCAAUCCCUUUAUGUUACAAGUGUGUAGCCACUGGCCGCAUACUCUGCGCGUGGGCAAAGCUGCUCCAAAGCCCGCCAGGCAUCUGAGCACUUCUAGCGUCAAUCGCAAGCCUAGCUCUGGAGCUGGUCCAAGCGGGACAGCAGCGUCAACAUCGAGUGGAGCUGGAGGCGGUAUUGCUGGCGGCAACAGCGCCGGCGGUGGUGGUCCUGAGCACAUUCCGGGGUUCACAAGCAAGCGCAAAAGAAGGAUCAGCAAGGAUAGGCCGCUCCUUCGCCGCCUAUUGGAAAUGGCCGAAAGGCGCGACGAUGAUGAGGCAGCCAAUGCCAUGCUGAGAAGGUAUUUCUCCGACCUCACUGAGCGCUUCCUGGCCCCUCUCAAUCGGUAUGUCUCUUCACUAAUUCCAGCUGGCUUGUGAGUGUUGAAAGCUUUGCAAAGCACGUGUGAGCAACGACUGCUGACUUUGGAACGCUACUGUACAGUAAUCUAUCCUCGCCCGCCGAAGCACCCAAAAUCAAGCCCUUCAGCGAAACGGAUUUUCUCGCCUCGCUUAGGGCUCACGGUACUCCGCUGCCGAUCCGAAGCAGAUCGCUGCCGACCGGCAACGCAGUGCGGCAGUCUCUAUACCUCGAUUUCCUCAGAUGCCCCAACUUUGGGCUGUGGCUUCACGAUAAGAUUGUCGCUGCUCAGGAGGAACAAUGGAGAAGAAGAGUUGCCAUUUUGGAAGAAGGCGACGUCCUUUCCUAUGCGCGAGACCAUGGAGAGGUCGAAACUCUGGACUUGUGGGCCAGGCUCGUCGAAGAGAUCGUGAGUUUCUGCUCCCUCAAACGACGAUUCAAAACACUGACGAUCAAAACUCCCGCCCCCCGCUGAUGCUCGUAGCGUUCACUCGAUGCAAAGAUUUCAGCACCUCCUGAGCCCGGACCUGGGUCACGAUGGCGCGUCGACACGCCGGCUACCAGCGCUGCUAGGGGCGGAGCCAAGGAUUCGACGGAUGGGGCGGCCAGGAUAGCUGCUGUCAAUUUGAGUCAGCAUGCUGCACCUGUCCUUCCGACGAACCGCUCCAUCGCCCAUGCGCAUGUGAGGGGCGCAUCGGUGUCCACCAUCAACUCGGGAACAAGCACAGGUGCGACUGACGGGCAAGGAAGAGGCUCUCUUCUAGCUCGCCGAGCUCGCCUCUGCGCUCAGCUUGACAAGCUUGGGCAGACCCUAUCAGAUGAUUUGAAGGGCAGCCUGAGACUCAGUUGA